GUCGGUGAGCAGACGGAGGAGAAGUCAGACGGAGCAGAGCGGGAAUCAAACAACCUGCGAGGGACAAACCAGCGAGCCAACAGGAAGAGCAACAGGUGUGUGUCUCCAUGGCAACAGGUGUGUGCAUGUUGCUGGUUGUGGGUAUCAGCGUGUGUGCAGCGUUCAACCUCGACACGUCAUUUCCACUGCUGAAGAUGGGCGAACGAGGAAGUCUGUUUGGAUUUUCUGUUGCUCUGCACCAAGACCUGAAGACAGAGAGUUACCUUCUGUGCAAACAGCAGAUAAAGGACAAGGCGGUAUUAAGAAAGGUGGAGCUUCAGGAGGUUUUCAGGGGCUCCGUAAUGUCGGGGAGCAGAGGAGUGACAGCGCCCGCCUCUGUCAGCGCGGCGUUUAUCGUCAGAUUCAUGGUGUGUGUUGUAGGAAACGUCCACGUCUCCUGGAUGAACCCUGACGAUGAGUUUGACACCAAGAUGAGCUCCUUCUCCAACCAGAAGCACAGGAACAUCUACAUCGGAUACUCUGUCGCUCAGGCUCCUCGCCUUCUCUCUGAGGAUGAUGAAACCAUCGUAACAGGAGCUCCUCGGGACCGUAUGGAAGACGCUCAUGGCUCGGUGCUGCUGGCCGUCAAGCGCUCUGAUAAACUGAUGAUUCGCCAGAAGCUGCGCGGUCAACAGAUGGGCUCGUAUUUUGGGAACGCCUUGGCAAUUGCUGACCUCAAUAAUGACGGAGACAAAGUGGAGCCUCUGGUGUUCUCCUUGAAUGCCUCCUUGUACGAGAAGUUUCCCAAGAAAAAAAAGAACGUGCAGAACCUGAAACGCCUCCCGGUGCUGAGUGAGACGCCCCAACCCAUCAGAACCCAGAUCCACAUCCAGAAGGCCUGUGGUCCUGAUAACCGCUGCCACAGCAACCUGCAGAUGGCGGCUCGGUUCACCGAUGAGAGCCAGCGAGCUUUCCCCGAUGAGCAAGGUGUAGCGUCCACUGUCGCCAAGACCUGUGGUGACAGACGGAGGUUAGUUGGAGAUGUUGUUGCUGUCCUUAAGCGGACAGCCGACACGGGGAAGUGCCACGGGGCCUUCUUCUUGGAGCUGCUGCUAGCUGGUUCUCAGCCAGUGUCACAGCGCUGCCACGGUUCACUUCAGUCUGGCACUGCCACCAUCUCUGCCAGUGCCCCCUCUCCUGGAUGGGGUGACGCCUUGGCAGUGGUGGAGUGCUCUGUGGAGGGGACCUCUCUUCAGUGUGAGCUCGGGAAUCCUUUCAGAAGCAACAACAAGGUUCAGGUUCUCAUCAAAUUUCAGCCAUCUGAGAUCAGUUUGGACACACGCGAGAUCCAGUCUGUGCUGCAGCUGUCCACGCUCAGUGAACAGCCGGAUCUGUCCCCGAUCUCCGUCUCCAUGGUGGUGGAGUAUUUGCUGCAGACAUCGCUUAGUUUACCUCUGAAAUGCAACAAUUGUCAUCCUGUGAGCUCAGAAAGCAUUUCUGUCCCCAAACCUGCAGACACCUGUGCUCAGAUAUCAGGACUGUUUUUUUCAUCCUCUCAUGACCAGUUAUUGCUUCUUGUUGUGUUUCAGGACUACAGCGAUGCAAGCAGUGUCUUGGUUCAAGGCCAGGCGUCUCUGAAGCUACAGACCAACAAACCCACCGUGAACAUGGAGUCUCACAGCUCGCAGAUUGAGGUCUACAUCUAUCCAGAUCUGGGGCUACAGGUGGACUCUGGCGCCCCCCUAUGGAUCAUCAUGUUGUCUGCCCUGGCAGGUGUCCUGCUGCUGGCUCUCAUCUGUCUGCUGCUCUGGAAGUGCGGGUUCUUUGUGCGUCAGGGGGUGUGGCGGGCGGUGGCGCUCCAUCAGGGGAGGAUUAUGGGUAAAGACGACCUGCAACAGCAGCACAUGGAUGCUGACGGAUUCCUGAUCCAGGACCAGGUCUCCUCAUGUCGAAACAGGAAGUCCCCGAAACACUGGGUCACUUCCUGGACUGAGACUCACUGAGAGACUCUCAGCGUCUGAAAAAAGAAACCAGACCGGACCAAACUGGACCAAAACAAACCAGUUCUAACUGGACCAAACUGGACUAGACCAAACCAAACCAGUUCUAACUGGACCAACACACUGCCAAUGUGAGUCUGCUGUCAUGUGAAAACCUCGUGAUGUGUUUACGUUCAUGUUGUAGACGGAGAUGUGAGGUUUCCAGCUGACAGCAAGCACAGAAGAUUAUAGAUGAUUGGUUAUUGAUCUGUGUAUAUGUGUACAUCUCUUAGCCAUGGAUUGGAAACAGAUUGGUGUUUUCCUUUAAAGGGCUGGAAUCAAAAUGAGGGGACUGCUCCUUUAAUAUGGCAGCAGUCUUUGUGCUGCCUUCAAGGACUCCCCGUAAAAUCUCCUUUGAGAAAGCUGUUAGUAAAACCAUCCCGGUUGCCUUUAGGUGCGGUCGGCUCUUCUGUGAAACUGUUUGGUGUCUCGUGUACUUUUACAGGCUGUUUUUGUAUAUUUGUGAUAUUUCUGA